AUGAAGAUUUCUGUCUCUGGGCUUGUUGCGACUAUAUUCUUGGCGGCAGCCGAUGCCGCCUCGAAUGUGACUCAUGGCCGAGGCUCACCGGGCUGUGGAAAACAGAUCACGCACAUCGGUAAGGAGGAAUGGAACGCCCGAUUCGUCGUCUCGCGCUACUGGCGUGCUUUCGUAACCUACACGCCUGAGAAGUACGACGAGAACACACCUCAACCUCUGAUCAUGGCAUUCCACGGUACCGGCAGGCCUCACUGGGAAUUUUCUCAGCAGACUCGAUUCUCAAAGCCCGGCAUCAACCCCAACAUGAUGAGGAGCUGGUAUGGUGCCAAUAACGCUGAACCGUGGGUCGAUGACUUCAAGUUCACCGAGAUGGCUCUUGAGCAUCUCAUGAACAAUUACUGCAUCGACGUGGACCGCGUAUACCUCGUCGGCCACACUGGCGGCGGCGGAUUUGCCAACAUUCUCGCCUGCGACCCGCGCUUCAGUCGGCACUUUGCCGCCAUGGCGCUCAUGGGGCCCACGCUGUAUCGCGACCUCGACGACGACUACUGCAAGAACGCGCGGCUGCCCAUGCCCAUCUUGGAGGCGCACGGAUUACAAGACCCGACGUCGCCCUACGGGGGGCUCACCAUCAAAGAGCGCGUAGUCGGUGCGAUUCCUCCGAUUCCAGACUGGAUCAAGCGCUGGGUGCGCCGCAACAACUGCAACCCGGUGCCUCACCAGGAAUAUUACGUCGACAAGCGUAUCACCUCGGAAAAGUACACCUGCCACGGCCAAUACGGGUUUGUCGAGCACAUCAAGGCCCAAGACCAUGGCUACUAUUGGAUGACUGCAAAAGACGAUUUGGACAUUUCGCAACGAACCAUGUUCUUUCUGCAGCAGCAGGUCCGACCAGGCAAUCUGUCCAUUCCCCUGGAUUCGCGCGGUCUCUUCACUACCUUUGGCGGCAACUCCUCGUCUUCGGGCAAUUCCACCAACCACAAAGACACGUUCUUCCCGCGCCCUAACAUGACUAGAUGGGACGACAUCACCGCUACACGCAGCUCCAAGACGUCGAGUCUCUUUACCACUUCCAGCAGCGGUGCCGUCUCUACUGCAUCUGGCUACCCCGAAAGCCACAACAAGACUACUACUAGUCAUCAGGAUCGUCCUGCCUACACCACCGCUUCUACCUCUUCCACAAGGACAUUUUACGCCAGCAUGGCUCCCUACAGUUCAACCUAUUCCACAGGGACCUUUUACGUCACCAUGCCUCAUGGUAGUUCUACCUCUUCCACUUUCACAAGGACCUUUGACGCCAGCCCGACCAACACUCCCAGUCCCGAUUCCCACCCCGAUCACACUGAUGAAGUCCAAGCCUGUCACAACUAG